GUCGUCGACUGCAUUUCUCUCUCGGGUGUGGCAGACACUCUUAUCUACCAGCAGCGCUCUCACCGUCUGGUUCUUUUUAUUUUCUGCGCAAAGACGCACAGGACGCACGCACACCCAGCUCGGACGGACUCCAAAUUUGAGCCAGCUUUGGUUUUUGUUUUUGCCCCCCCUCACACUUUCCUGAGCCAAGAUGUUCCGCUGUGGGAUCGACUACUCGCGGUGCAGGUGGAUCAUGCCCCUGCUGCUGCUGUUCGCCAUCAUUUUUGACAUUAUUGCCAUCGCGGCCCAGUCCGGGUGGGUCGAGGACGAGUCCGGGAAGGCUCACUACACCAGCAUGUGGACAGAGUACCGACAUAUUAACGACAAGUGGGAGGAAAAGUCCCUCAUGGAUGAAGGUUGGGCACAGGCCGUGGCAGCUCUGAUGAUUAUUGGCCUCAUCAUCCUCAUCUUUGCCUUCAUCAUCUCCAUCGUUGGCAUGCUUAACGUCGAGUCUGCCUUCUUUAUUAUCACCGGAGUUCUGCUGGUUAUUGUUGCCAUCCUCCAGAUCAUUGCUCUGAUCAUCUACCCCGUCAACUUCAACGAGAAGAUCUUUGAGGGCCGGUACUACUACACCUGGGCCUAUGGGUUCGGGUGGGGCGCCACCAUCAUCUGCUUGGGCUGCUCUUUCAUCUUCUGCUGUCUGACAAACUGCUUGGACGACAUAAGAGGAGAUGAGAAGAUCAGAUACAUCUAUGAAUCCAAGUAAAGACUAAGUCUUCCGACCUGCCCAGUUACAGUAGUUUCCACCAUCUCGCUGUCUGCUAGGUCUGUUGAACUCUAUUCAACACUAAAGCGUUCCCCUCCUACUUCCCAGAGCGAUGGGAACUGUGACUGGGUGCUGCCACAGCUCUAAUGCAUACAGAUCUCAAUUUCAGAUCUUGUUAUCAUCUCCAGGCCCAUUUUUUUUUUUUCUCCAAAAUGUUAAACAUUUUCCACACUUGCUCAGCGUUUUUCUUAAAACUGUAAUUCCUAAAGCAAUAACGCCCAAGUGCACUUACCUUUUAAAGAAGCUAUUUUUGUAUAAGCCAAAAGCAAUCCAGAUUCGGGCUUUUUGCACAGGAUGAAUGAAUGUUCAUCACCUUGCGUUGUCCUGUGUACUCCAUUUGAUAUUUUAUCAGGUGUCCAAAGUGUCAUUAACUCUGCAGGUCGACAGAAGAACGGUGGGAAGGCUUGUGGAGGGCGAAUGUAAUCUGCUCGGGCAGAAACGUCCAUGUUGGUUUAAAAAGUGUUUGCACCUUCUUCUUUUUUUUCUUUUUCUUUUUUUUUUUAGGAAUUAUCACAUCUGCUGUUUGUCCCUUUGUUUGUCUUUAUGUGCUUAGGUGGCAUACGCGGGAUAUUGGUUGAUAUUAUAGUUGAAUUAGAGGUUCACAUUGCUGCUUACUUACACACACACACACACACACAAAAAGAACAAACACUUGGAGCACCCUAAAACAUCCUACAAGAUUCAUACAACCAUGUUUAAAAAUGCUGUCAGUACUGGUUAAAAGGGAACAUUUUAUUUCAAUGUUAUGUGCAUGUCAGUUAUAUACUUUCUCCUUUUGAUCUGUUUUUUGGUUGUUCUGGACUUUUAAAAAUUGCCACUAAGGCGCGACUGGUUUCAUGAUAAAACAUAGACCAAAGUUUCCAACUCUAAAUGACUCACCGUGUGAAAAGAAGUUGCACCUUGGCUUUUUUCCCUCUGUGGUUAAUCCUUGAACGUUUCAUCCUACUGGAAGGACGGGUUUUACUCACGCAGUCUGCCUCAUGUCAAGACCAAUUUCCUGCCCGGGCAUGACCAGCUUUCUGUUAUAGAUGAUGUACAACAGUUCUGAUGAAUGCUUCUGAGGGAGUCAGUUCAGCUGCUACCUUGUCUAACCCGGAGCUGUUUAGUAACGCGUAUUGUAUAAUUUGGUAGAAGUUUUUACUCCUAAUGGGCAUACGUUUGUGUUUAACGUGGGCUUUUCACUGUGCUUUACUGUAAUGUAAGAGAAAUCUAAUGUUUUGUUUUUUCUUUCAGCUGUUCUGAGUUAUUUUUGGUAUACUGCAUUUUUAGACAAUAAAGAGUUUUUAUGUAGAACAA